UGUGUUUAGUUUCACUUCCGCACUCCGCUGCUGUAGCCUGGUUAGCCUCUUGGAUAUCCACCUAGCACAUUUUGAGGAAAAACACGUUUAUUAUCCAAGACAGAAAACCGCGCAGCUGACGACGUUUAUAUUUUAAACUCCUGACUACGCUUCCGUUCACUUUAUUUUAUCUGCAUGGCAAAAUAAAAGCUUUAUCGCUGAUAAAGUCAACCAGGAAGCAACGUUAGCGCGAGGAAGCUCACUACAUCAGCAACUGGCUACAUUUUUAAACAUCUGUCAGCGUGUAUGUCAAACUGUAACUAACAAAGAAGCUUCACCCACUCGUUCACAGGGGGAGAAGUCAUGAAGUUGUUGAGCUGUCCCAGUGGAGGGCCCCUCCUGGUGUGGACCCUGGCAGUUCAGCUGGUCCUGUGUGGGAGUGGGGUGUAUGCCAGUGAGGGUACUGACAACUGUAAACUGCUCUUACAUUCUGAAAAACAACAGACAGCCCUCAAACGACUAGCGCCACUCAUCAACAAGAACUUUACAGUAGAGACCACGAGUGACGAGGGGAGUUACACAUAUUGGUUCCAGGUGUGUGGGGAUGCAGGGGGCAUCCCAGGAGCUGGGGUUAUUCAAAUCAACACCAAGGCAGAGGCAAAAAAAACAACUGUGAUUGGCUCGUAUAACGCAACAGAAGCCAUUGGAGGAAGUGACUGGGUGAUGUUGAUGUACAAAAAUGGAGACAAAUAUGAAGGACACUGCUCCAAGGAAAACAGGAGAGCCACCAUUAUGAUCUCCUGCGACAGGAAUGUGGAAAUGGGCAACCUGGAGGUGAUUCUGGAGGAAAGGGACAAGGACCAUGAGUGUUUCUACCUGUUUGAGCUGGACUCCAGCGCGGUGUGUCCAGCUGUUGAGUCCAAGCUCAGCACUGGCUCCAUAUUACUCAUCAUUGGGGUCUGUCUUGUUGCUGUUUACCUCAUUGGCGGCUUCCUCUACCAGCGGCUGAUUGUUGGAGCCAAAGGGAUGGAGCAAUUCCCUAAUUACACCUUCUGGGUGGAGGUUGGCAACCUCUCAGCGGACGGGUGUGACUUUGUGUGCCGGUCAGGAAAUCGAGAGGAAUCCCCCGCUUACAGGGGAGUGGCCCAAGACACUUUGGAGGAAGAGCCAGAGGAGAGAGAUGACCACUUACUACCUAUGUGACCCCAAUAUGUCAGAAAUGGGACAAAAAUUUUCACUGUGUGACACAGUUUACUCUCUCACAGGUUAGAUGAAAUUGCUGCUAGACACAAGUCUGUUUUCAUUUGCUGGUUUAAGUCAGGACCUGUUUUGUUGCAUAUUCCAGACUUGUGCCUAGGGCAACUACUGAAAAAAAGCACGUCACUUCAGAGGGCAUGUUACUCACAGGGCUGACAGACUUGUCUUUUCACUAAACAAUGCAUUUCAUGCUUGUUAUUUGAUGACGGGCAAAUGAGUAAUUAAUUUAAGAUCGGAAAGUGAUAAUAAAGAGCACCUUUUCUUCCACAGAAAUCUGACAAAUAAGGGAAGAUUGGAUUUCUACGUGAUUUAAACCCAGUAACAUUGCUCAUCUUUUUCUGCUUAGCUAAGUAUUGUUGUUUGACGUAUGUGCAGGUCGCAGCAACCUGUUCUUCCUGGGGUCCUGAUUGUGCACUGACAGUUGCAGGUUAUAAAACGCACAAGGGCUUUUGCUUGUGUGCUCUGGCUUUAAUUAGUUUAUGUUUUGUUUUGAAAGUACUAUGAGAAUGUAAAAGCUUAAUUUUAAAGACUGUGACUAUGCCUACAGCAUUGCUACACAAAUAGGAAUCACUGCAAAAACCACAGCUGGAAUGAAUUAGAUUUUUAGUCUGGAAUUUUCCUUUGCCCCCAUAUUAUAGGGAAAAGCUUCUACGUUAAUACUAAUAUUUCCCUAAAAUGCUUAGUAUCGUCAAUGUCCUGACUUAAAUCUGAGCUUGACAGUUGUAACUAACCAUCAUUCUCUUAAAUUUUUGCCAGUAAGAUCAACAAUGCUAUUAAAUUCCUGUUGAACCUUCCUCAUUGAUGUCACUAUCCAGUGAAGGGCAAUUAGAGGAGAUUCGUACAUGAAUUCUGUUAUUUAUCAUUUAGGAUUUCCAAAAGUACAAUAUAUAGAUAGAAUAUAUAUGUGUAUUUUUUGAAGAAUAAAUGAAAAUUCAUUGUGAAAGAUUCAUAAUAAUGAAACCAUUUAAUAAUGAGUGUUAUAGUGGGCAAACUCUGAUCUUUUUGCCUACGUAAUAAAACUGACCCAGACACUAGAAGCACUGCGAGGUUCACACACCAACCUCAUCGUCCAUAAACUCAUGUUUGACCAAAUACUCAGGCUGCUUUGUGCCCGAUAUAUUACUUCUUUACUGAGACACACAAUGAAAGCACUUAAUCUUCUGUAAUUCUCUUGUAUCAAUAUAAUAUAGCUGUAAAAAUGUUAUAGUUCUGAGGAUAUCAAUAAUGAGGUUUGUGAUAUUUUUACAAAAAUCUCUUGUAAUUGUUGCUAAGGACUAAAGCAGGCUUUUUGAACUUGAUGGAAAAACGACGUUAGGAGGUGUCAGUGAACUAAGUUACUAUAUUUCUGUCAGUGUGAGCACUUGAGUUUGUUUGUUUCUCCUAUUUGUUUUUUGUGUUUAUUAAUGUUGACAUUUCUUUGCUUGGUUCAGUGAAUUAUAUCCUGAAUUAUGACCUGGUGGAAAUGGUUACACCUGUGGUUGUAGUGAAGUGAACUCUAGACUGAUAUAAUGGCACGUUUGGUUUGAGGGUGACUUCAAAUCACACACCUUUUUGUUUUCUGAUUGCAUUAAAAAUAAAAUACUAAACUGGU